CUUCUGUUUUCGCUCUUUUGCCGAUGCUGUACCCAUUGCUCAGGUUUUCACUUUUCACCAAGUUAAAAGGAGUGUUUUAACCUCCGUUCCAUAUCUUUUUUUUAACUAAAAAAAUCCUUCCCAUAUCUUCAAGAACAUUCUUUGCUCUCUACCUCGGAACCUCCGAAUAAUAAUAUCUUCAAGUUCUUUUUUGUUUCUUUUUAAUUUUCUUUGCUGCUGCUAUUAAAUUACUUGGGGACUCGUUCUUCGUUCUUGGUAUUUGAGACUAGGUCUAAUUGCAACACAACCGCCUUGAUCGAUUUAAAGAUCUUAAUUGAUAAAACACACUGUUGAUUCAACAACUCAAUUUCCAAGUUCUCUUGAUCUGAGUGGAGCCAAGAUGUGGGUGAAAUGGCAGCAGCAUCAGCAACUACUCUCUCAGUUGGUUCAGCUAUGACCUUUGGCUCCAUACUGAGCUCAAAAUCACUAUCAAAUACCUGUGCUGUGAAAUACAAUACUAGGAACUACCUUAGGAGUUUCAGUGGCCUCAAGGCAGAGGCAUUUGUACGAUGUGAAUCGGAGUCAUCAUUUUUGGGGAGGGAAAGUGCUGCAGCUCUUCGACAAUCCAUUCCUCCCAAGGCCCAAAUAGAAAAGCAGAGAUUCUUGAACCAUGUUCAGCCUCAAGCAUCUUAUAAAGUGGCUAUUUUGGGAGCCGCUGGUGGGAUAGGCCAAUCUCUAGCUCUUCUGAUUAAGAUGUCACCGCUAGUUUCAUCAUUGCACCUCUAUGAUAUUGCAAAUGUCAAAGGAGUUGCAGCAGAUCUUAGCCAUUGCAACACUCCCGCUCAGGUUGUUGACUUCACGGGAGCUUCUGAAUUGGCCAAUUGUUUGAAAGGUGUAGAUGUAGUUGUCAUACCAGCUGGUGUUCCAAGAAAGCCUGGUAUGACACGGGACGACUUGUUCAACAUUAAUGCCAAUAUUGUGAAAGGGUUAGUUGAGGCUGUUGCCGACAACUGCCCGGAUGCCUUUAUCCACAUUAUCAGCAAUCCAGUCAAUUCCACAGUGCCGAUUGCUGCUGAGGUUCUUAAGCAAAAGGGUGUUUACGAUCCUAAAAAACUCUUUGGUGUUACAACCCUAGAUGUUGUCAGGGCAAACACAUUCAUCGCUCAGAAGAAAAACCUGAGACUCGUAGAUGUUGAUGUCCCUGUGGUUGGUGGGCAUGCCGGGAUAACAAUUCUGCCCUUGCUGUCAAAGACAAAACCAUCAACUACUUUCACUGAAGAAGAAGUGCAGGAACUAACGGUGAGGAUCCAAAAUGCCGGGACAGAGGUUGUCGAGGCAAAGGCCGGAGCAGGAUCUGCAACACUGUCAAUGGCAUAUGCGGCGGCUAGAUUCGUUGAGUCCUCUCUUCGUGCCAUCGAUGGUGAUGCUGAUGUUUACGAGUGUACUUAUGUUGAAUCUAACUUGACAGAACUUCCAUUCUUUGCAUCGAGAGUUAAACUAGGAAGAAAUGGCGUUGAGGCUUUGAUUUCGUCUGAUCUCAACGGAUUAACCGAGUAUGAACAAAAAGCUUUGGAAGCUCUAAAGCCAGAGUUGAAAGCUAGCAUUGAGAAGGGAAUAGCUUAUGCUCAAAAAGAAGCAGUGACUGCUUAGAAUGUUAGUACUAUAUAUCAUGAAGAAUGAGAAGAUAUUUCUAGAUUGUUAUAAGUGAAGAUUCUCAGCAUGACAGUUUUGUAUGAUUCAAUUAUUAGCUCCAUUCUUUUUUUUUUUUUUUUUUUUUUUUUUUUUUGGGUCUGAACUAGUGUAAGCUCGCUCUGUUGUAUUUGCUCUAGAAGAAUGCAUCAGCAUUUCCAGUUU